AUGCUCGAGGAGUUAAUGUCCCAAUACGUGGAUGUUGACAAUAAAGACUUUUGGGAUGAUAGUGUAUGCAAACAUUACCUUGUAGACUUUUGCCCAUCACAAUUGUUUACAAACACGAAGUCUGAUCUAGGCCCAUGUGACAAACAUCACAAUGAUCGCUUAAAAGAACGGUACCAAAACGCGACUGACAAGCACAAGUAUCCUUUCGAAGCGGAGUUUUACGAUUAUUUGAACAAAUUGGUUAACGAUCUUACUCGACGUAUUCGUAACGGCAAAGGUCGCCUGAAUAUCCAGAGUGACGACAAGUCAGCCGAGACACGAAAAGAAGAACGUGAGGAAAAGAUUGUGCUGUUAGAUGUUAAGAUCAAAGAAUUGCUCCAAAAGAUUGAGGAAGCCGGUGAAGAAGGCCGUGUCCAAGAAGCAGCUGAUCUGACAGAAGAAGUUGAGAACCUUCAGGGUGAACUUCAGGCCACGAGAGAUAACGAAGAUUACAAUAAAUCGGAGAAGCGCAUGGAGGUUUGCCAAGUCUGUGGUGCUUUCCUGGUUACUAAUGACUCGUCGGACCGUUUGGAGGCUCACUAUCAGGGUAAGCAGCAUCAAGGAUAUCUUAAGAUUCGUGAAACGCUCGAUCAAAUGAAGCAGAACAAAUCUUUUGGACGAGACAACAGAGACUUCUCUCGUGCACGCUUUGACUACCGAGAUCGUCGAGACGUAGGUAGGGAAAGAGAUCGUCGAAAUUCUGAUCGCGAUCGAGGAGGCUACAGAGAGGACAACCGCCGUAGCCGAGACAGCAGACGGGGUAAUGAGGAUGAUUGGGAUCGUGAGGUGGAGAGAUACAGUAGACGAUCUCGCCGUGACUAUGAAGACAUGCCACCAAGACGAUCUCGCUCUCGGUCUCCUCGACACGCGAGAUAUGUUUGA